AUGAAUAUGGAGCAUAAGCCUAGGUUCUCAGAUGUUGAAGGAUACGCAGCGAGCAACAAGGGCUAUGUAUUGUUCUACGAUAGAGACGAUAGUUCGUGCGUUGUUGCAUAUCACGUUCCCUAUGAGUACUGCUCUUCUCCUUAUCCUCCAUUGGACGAAGUUGUUGAUGAGCACGUCGAGUACAUGGAGUUGAUGGCCUCAAGAGAGGCGAGACAGAGGGAACAACUAGAAAAGAGGGCUCUGGAGGAGUACCACGACGUAUCGAGCAGUUAUUCGAUGGAGUUUUCCUACGUAUUGCAGGAUGAAACCAACGCAACAUCAGAGCGUUCUAAAGCUAGCGUUGAAGAGACGACGUACAACUCUACCCCACAGAAGGAUCAUUGCCUACCAAUGGCAUCUGUAUACACUUCUUCUGGCUCAGCAGAUGGACCUCAAGCUCAUUGCUGGUUUUCUCAGGGCAAUGCUGCUCCCCUGGGAGACGAAGCACUGUAUACGAAUGAACAGAAGAGCUUUCUAGCAGUUGAUAAAUGUGUCUUGGAAUACGUCUCCAAUGUGGAGCCAAAUGAGAAGAGCAAGCACCCAUUUGAGCUUGAUCCAGCAUACGAUAGUGAAAUUUACUCCUUGGAUUCUGAAUACAUCUUAGAGCUACAGAAACAGGAAGAUGCAUUUCAAAAAGUGAUAACAGGGUCUAACAAUGCAGAUGAUGGUGGCUCAAACGAAGAUAGCGAACGUGCCACAUUGAGGUUUCAAUCACAGAUGUUAUCACCACACGUACCAUCAUCUGAAGUUUCAGAUCUAAAGGACCAAUCUUUGAGGAUAAUUGAGCAAUUGCACGAAGAAUUGACAAAUGACAUUAUAAAGAUCCAACAACUACACGAGUUAAACAGUCAAAGGCUUCGUCUGCAAUUGGACAAUUCUAUUCAACAAACAAGAAAUCAGUACGAUGAGCUAUACGCAAGGGCUAGGAUAAACACCGAGUUUUAUAGGAAGCAACUCUGCAUUCUCUUUCAAUGA